AUGGCGCCAAAGAAAGGAGCUGGAAAAAAGUCUUCCGAAAAGGAAUACUCGGUUGAAAAAGUGGUCAACAAAAGGACCGCCAAUCGAGGAGUGGAGUAUCUCAUCAAAUGGAGGGGGUAUCCAUCGAGCGAAAACACGUGGGAGCCAGCAACCCAUCUCAAUUGUAAGGACCUCGUGGAGGAGUAUGAGAAAAGAAAUGCUCCACAACCACCGAAAGCUUUCACCCGCCCCCGUUCGGCAAAGCGCGGUCGUCCGGCAUCACAAAAGCCGUCGACAUUGGUCGCGUCUGCUCCAGCUCCACGUGGAGAUAAGAACGCCCUGAAGAAGAUUGAAAGCGUCCAAAAACAACACGGAAGUCUCAUCUUCAUCUGUGAGAUGGGAGACGGAUCGAAGAAGAGAUUCUCGAGAGCUGAGGCGUUUUCCAGAUGGCCGAGUCAGGUCUUCAAAUGCUGUGAAGAGGCCAUUCUCCGUUUGCUUGAGUAA